GGAAACUUCUGGUCUCCCGGUUUGCUCCGAGUAUCUCGCAGUGAGAGUCUCGGCGCGUGAUCGAGUACUUGUCAGGAGUACAGCUUCCGCUACCGCCGGUUUAGAACGUUGAGUAGUAUCACGUGGCCGCGUGGUGAAGAUCACUGUCAGCAGCAGCAAUCCGCGCCUUCAUCUAUUCUUCGUAUCUAUAUCCCUCCAUCAAAAUCUUCCAAAAGGAAGAAAUUUCUUCGCAUCUUCAACGAGACACGAGAUUUGACAGUCAACAAGACCUGCUGUACAAAUCAAACAAAAACACGAUAAAAACCGAAAAGACAAACACAUCGUAACUACGAUAACCAAAUGACCGAUGUAAAUAUGAGUGAGCACUGUGAUUUAACUUCCGACAUAAACAUGGCCACGGAAUACGAGGAUUCGUCGGACACAACAAUCGUGGAAACGUCGAAAAGCGAUUGCGACUGCUCGGAACUGAAAUUGCUGCAAUCGAUGGUGGUGCAAAGCUCAUUGAGUCAGGCAGCGCUGAAACUCGCGGACAAGUUUCUCUGGACCGUGGAGAAGUGCGCGGAAUGGAGUCUACCUGGUCAGAAGUUCGUUGCUUUAGACGAAAAUGGAAAAGCCUCGGAAAAAUUGGAACUCGUGAGACCGUUGCCGUGGAUCUUAUUCCUGCCGAGUUUGGUGAUGCUGCGUACGAUCAGGAUAACGAUGAACAUAGGCGCCUUCGUCACGGGUCGCUCCCAAGUCACGCCGAGUGGAAUAGUAAAAUUCGUGCAGCUAAGUCGCAGACGACUGAAUGACAUAAGGAAUAAUGGAGCGAGGGAGAAACGGGACAAGGAUGAGAAAUUGUCGAUGUACGAGGCCAGGAAAGCCCUCAUCAGAUCCAUUCGUCUGACCUUGUCGAGUCUGUCCUGUCUGGACACGUCCAAACCCACCCCGUCGCCACCACCCACUAAAAUUCACGUUAGUAGCGCCCUCGAUCCCAAUGCAGAGACGACAACAUCGGAAGAAAAAUCAGUGACCGAAUCAACAGAUGCUACAGAGAAGGCAGAACACUUGAUAAGUGAUAUCGAAUCGGAGGAGGAUGAAAAGGAUGAAAUGGAGGAUGAGCAGGAAGAGACGGAGACUCUGGAAGAGAAGGAAACUCUGGAAGAGAAGAUCAAUCGACUUGCCUUGGAGAGCAGCGACGAAGAUGAGACUUUCGAUCCGGCCAAUUGCAGCGUUUCGAGCAACGAGAGCGGCAACGAGGACAACGAGGACAAUGACGACGAGGUCGGCAAGGACGACAGUAACGUGUCCUCGAGCGAGCUUCGCGAUAUCAUCGAAGACAGGGAGACGAUGAAAAAUGAAAUCGAGCGUUUUCAGGAUGCCGAACGAGCAUCCUCCGACCAGAGAUCGCCGAUCGAGGAGAGCCGCGAUAAGGUAGAGGAGCGCCUCUCUCAGCGUAUCGACUCGCCCACGUGUUAUACACCUGACAGGUCCAGCCAAGAGGGCGAUCCAAUCUUCUACUCGCCGAUCAGCUCGGACAGUGAUACACCGAAGGCGCCGAUCGCCGAGAAACGCGUCUCGAGAGACUCCCUAAAGACGAACGAGUAUGUCAAUGGUGAAAUACAUUUCAUCUCAGCAUCAAUGAUUUCAGAGUCGAAGACGUCCGGAGAGACCAACAAUGGCACGGUCGUGGAGAAACGUAGCACAAACGUGAGUAAAUGUCACAAGGGUAAACGCACGAGUCACGGCAAUCGCAGGAAAAAAUAAAAUCAACGGGAGCAAUACAGGGGACCGAGAGAGAAAAGAGGGUGGGAAAGAGAGAAUAAAAAGAGCUUAAAGCCUUCUCUUCGGAAAGAGAGUCGAUUGUUAUCAGUGAUACAAUAUUAUCCCACGUAUCGAACGUCAUCGAUGGUUACGCAAUUAUGUCGAGGGAUUAAGUACGAUUUGGAAUAGAGAUAUAACUCUUUGCUUCGAGCGCAAUCGCUGAGAUAUAAUAAAGAUAUCGGGCUAUCGAUAUACACAUUCUUGUAUAAAAUUUUCGACCUCAUCAAAAAAUUGCCGAGUUAUCUUCUCAGUUGCUCGGUAAUUAUUGUUUUGUGGGGGAGAAAAAAAUUAUUCAACGAUUCAGGAAUGUUUUGUCGAAUUUUUCGACGUUUUGCGAUGUUUCUCUAAAAAAAAAAGGAACCGAUCCAAAGUUGUUAUUAUCAAUCUCGCCUUUUCUCUUUCGAGAAUAAUUACAAAUUGCGCAAGAAACGAAAGAGGAAAAGGAUAAAAAUCGUUUGAAAUUUGGGAUAAGAUGAUAUUGAUGAGGGAAUCGAAUUAAUUGGACCAUCGGUCGAUUAGACGAGCAACCCGGAGUGAAUUCCUGAUUAUUUUCACGCGAACCUUCGAUCCAACGAUAAACUUCACUCCGUUUCUAGAUGGAAACUUUGUCUAGACAAGCGACAACAAACACGACUGCAUCUAAAUCGUGGCCAUGCGUUCAAAGUACGCGUCGAACAUUAUUAUCGUACUUACUUACUUAGACGCAACAACGCGUCUAUCUCCGAACGAUUACAUAAUUGCUGAUGGUAAAUUGUACGUAUUUUGUUUCUUCGAUACGGUAAUGGCAAAAAUGCAACGUGUACGAAAAUGUGACUAAAGUCUGCGUGUUAUCUUUAAAACUGCUGCUUCAACUGGUUUGCUCGGAUAUACACAACGCUUAUUUAUGUAAUAACAUCCGUGCAGAAAUGAUAUUAUUAUGUCUUACAUAUUCCAGAGUCGUUAAUCGCGACUGUAAAAUGAAUUUUAAUUUUGAUCAACAUGCAGGAUGAUAUUUUUUUUGUACGAUAUGUGCAAACUUUUUUUAUCUUUUUUUUUUAUACUAUAAAAAAAGGACUGCGAAGUAAAUGAGAAAAUGAUUCAUAUAUUUCCCGGCCUCCACUCUUUGUCAUUUUCUACAUUUAUUUCGUUAUGUAAAAACAAAAGUUUGCAACAUUCCUACAUUAGUUAAAGCAUAAUCGUCUAACUUUUUAAUUUUAAUAUUUAAAUUAUAAUUGUAUGUCUUCUUCUGGCGAUAUAACAAUAUAUUUUUUUCUUAAACAAUCGCACUUUCGAAUACCGAUAAUGUCAAACUAUUUGUCGAAACUAUUCAUUCACACGUUUCAUUCUCUAUUGUCUCUAUUUAUUCCGAUUCAAUCUGAUUUUGAUUACGAAGAUAUAAGAAAUGCGCGCGCAGACUUGGAAGCGGUGUAAUUUAUAAUCUUAUAAUUUAUUACAUAAUCUUUUUAUUAUAAUUUAAUUAUAAUUACUAUUUUUUCCUUUUUCCUCGCGAAUGUAUAAUAAUGUUACCGAGAUUGUUUUAUAUUGCGCGUUAUAUCUCGUUAAGAAAAAAACUGUAUACUUGUUCUUACGAUAAUAAAUUAUUCGAUCAUAAUUA